AUGGACGCGGCCGUCGCAGAGCUUGUGAGCAAGAUCCAGGUGUACGUCUACCCACGACGGAUUCGUGUCAAGGAGUUCUUCAAUGACUUCGAUCCUCUCAAACAUGGGCGGUGCACCUUCAUCAACUUUGCGAGGGCAGUGAAUAUGUUGGGGAUGUCAGGCCUUAGUGAAGAGGAAGUCGACGCCUUGGCAGAGCACUUCACGGAGCAUGGCGCGCAUGUUGCGCCACCGGCCAUCGUGAACUACAUCAAGUUCUGCGAGACAAUCGAUCAGGUCUACAUUGUGGGCAGUCCAGAUGAGCAUCACAUGUCUUGCUCCCCAAGCACCACCCAGCUGAUGUCGUUCAAGCCCAGCUCCCCUGAAGAGGAAGAGAAGUUCAUGCACGCGCUUCAUCGCCUAGCAGCGCUGUGCAAGGCAAGGGGCCUUCUCUUCAAGCAGGUCUUUUUCGAUAUCGACCGCGCCCCAGUAGCAUCGCCAGCGAGAACCUCUCCCUUCAUGGGCGGGAAGGUGACCAGGGAGCAGUUCAUCAAGAGGUUCCCUUUCAAGAAGGAGUUUCCGCUUGAGGAUGUAGAGCUGCUCGCAAACAACUACAUGACAGACAAGGGGGACGUCCACUUCAUGGCCAUGCACAAUGACAUUUCCGAGGUGUCUUCCCAUGAGCCUCCACCAGUGCCCAGGAGUGACUUGAUCCUGAAGCCGGACGAUUCGGAGUGGAGCCAGGGCCUCUACACCAUCGUGGACAAGUUGCGCGCUAAGGUUGUGGAGAAGAGGGUCCGCAUCAAGGAGUACUUCCAGGACUUUGACCACCUGAAGAAGGGCUUUUGCAAGGCUUCGCAGGUCAAGACUGUGCUGACCAUCUGCGACCUCGGGAAGGCAGUUAGCCCCGCAGACUAUGAGGAGCUUCUUCACCGCUACGAGCGAGAAGAUGGCAUGUUCUGCUACGGGGACUUCUGCGCAGACGUCGACAGGGAAUUUGCAACCCCAAACUUGGAGAAAGAUCCUUUGGCACAGACCAGCAUGCCGGAUGCCACCUCGACGAUGGUCGCCAGGCGCAACAAGGUCCUGAUGUCCGCGGAAAAGUUGAAACAGUGGGAGUGGCUGGAGAGCAAGAUUCGCUCCAAGGUGCAGAGACAUCGCAUCAAUCUCCUACCCUCCUUCAAGGACAUGGAUCGCAGCAACUGCUCACACAUCACUAAGAACCAGUUCCACCGAGUGAUGCAGAGCAUGGGCUUUGAUCUCUCAGAGGAGGAUGUGAUUCUGCUGGGCAACGUCUACUGCGACUUGGGAGACCACUUGAUCUUCAACUACGUAGACUUCCUGAAGAGCGUGGACGUCCCUUCUGAAGAUGUGGAGCUGGCGAUUGCGCAGCUGCAGGCUCCCUACAAAGGCGAUGAGAUCUCACAUUAUUUCGACUCCAGGGGCAAGGUGAUCCCGGCCGACCAGGCAAUCAUGGCAUAG